UUUUAUUCUUUUUAUUCUUUUUAUUCUUUUUAUUCUUUUUAUUCUUUUUAUAAAUCCCAUUUGAUGCUGAAGCCACAACUGUCAACCCGUUAAUGUCGAUGCAGCUCUCCAUUCUCGAAAUCGUGCAAGCGUGUAAUUGCAUUGCCAGCGUUGAAUCGCUGCUCCAGUCUGAGGACUACUACCGUUUUGAAAUCGGCGGCAAACUUGUUGGCCUCGUCAGCGCCGACGACAUUGCAACCCUACAAAUUGCCUGCUCAGAGUCCGAGCUGCCGGUAUUUGAAUUUGAUACUCGGGCGAAAGCACUCACAUUUAGCCAGUGGUGCGGCGACCGCCAAAGUCGUUCGGACGCGGUGGCCGUGCUGCUUUCCCAAAUGCGCACAACCGGUGCCUGGGCAUCGCUGGCAAAGUGGCGUAACGAGCUCUACCCAGUCUACGGUGAUUCUGACGACAGCGAGGGCAUAGCGGUGAUGAUUGAGCGCGCGGCGUCAUACAAUUUUGGGAUCCGCACCUUUGGCGUGCAUAUUAAUGGAAUCACCAAGAGCGAGUCGGGGGAAGUGAAGAUGUGGGUGGCUCGGCGAGCCAUGACCAAACAGACUUGGCCUGGGUACUUGGACCAGAUUGUGGCUGGCGGGAUUGGCAAUGGCAUGGGUGUGUGGGAGUCGGUCAUCAAGGAGUGCGCCGAGGAGGGUGGAAUUCCUGAGAAUAUUGCACAAACUGCCACACAAGGGGGCAUGAUCCAGUACUUUACGCGGUCGGAGCUGGGGCUGCAGCCCGAGACUGAGUUUGUGUUUGAUUUGGUAUUGCCCGAAGGCUUUGUGCCGCAUCCCACAGACGGCGAGGUCGACGAGUUUUACCUGUGGACUCUCGAUGAGGUUGUCGAGAAGCUUUGCUUGGAUCUGUUCAAACCCAACUGCGCUGUCUGCAUUGUUGACUUUUUGAUUCGCCACGGGCGACUGACGCCGGAGAACGAACCCGACUACAUUGAGAUAGUCGAGAACAUACACUGCCCGCUGCCGUUUCCGGCGCCCAAGUACCCGCUGAAGAGAUGAUUGUGGUUGUUUGCAAAAGCCUGCUGGCAGCAAGUUGCAUCUAGAUUUGUUAACCAUUUAAAUAAAUAAUCAACCUCGGCGAAUUAAGACGGGGCGCUUAUUACUCUC